AUGCUGCUGUCCGAAGACGUCCUCAAGAAUCUCAGGAAGACCGUUGAAGACGCUGUCGCCGACCCCAAGUCUGACAUUCCAGGAGCAAGUGUCGUUGUAGUGGGCAAAGAUGGUAAAGAGCUAUUUGCGCAUGCUGCAGGUCAGCGAGGUGUCAAUUCCUCGGAUCCAAUGACCCUGGAUAAUGUGUUCUGGAUUGCCUCAUGCACAAAGAUGAUUGCUGGUCUGGCGUGCAUGCAGUUGGUGGAACAGGGCAAGCUGCACCUGGAUGACGGAGACGAGAUCGAGAAGCUGCUUCCUGAAUUCAAAGAUCUGCAGGUGUUGCAGGAUGGCAAGCUGGUGCCCAAGAAUAAGAAGAUCACCCUGAGGAUGCUACUCACCCACACUGCUGGCUUCGGAUACACAUUCUUCAACGAGGGAUUGCGCGACUUCUCUCACCCCAUUGGUUUCGAUGAGUUCUCCGGUUAUAUCAAGGACAUUCUGCAGCCAUUAGUGUUCCAACCGGGAGAGGGCUGGGAGUACGGGGUCAACAUUGACUUCGCUGGUAUCGCCCUCGAGCGCGCGACUGGACUGUCUCUGAAUGACUACUGUCGCAAGAACAUCUUCGAACCGCUGGGAUUAAAGAACAUCUCUAUGUUCCCAACUGCCGAGAUGAAGAAGCAACUUGCGUACAUGAACCAUCGCAACGAAGAUGGCUCGCUCAUCGCUCGUGAUCAUCUUCUACGCAAGCCUCUGGUUGUCGAAUCUUCAGAGGUGAAGGACGUCCUGAAUAGCGGUGGUGCAGGCUGCUUCGCAAAGCCUUCGGACUACGCGCAAAUAAUCGCAACACUACUGAACGAUGGCACAUCGCCAACGACCGGUGCAAAGUUGCUUGAGAAGGCCACAGUAGAUACCAUGUUUACAAAUCAGGUCGAGAGGUUCCCCGACUUUGCUCGUCAAGGCAUACCGGCUGCCAAACCGGAUCUCACGAACCCCGUUUCCGAGAUCUACCCAGUCGAGGGAAACCCUCCUCAAGGUUGGGGACUGACGUUCAUGUUGUCGAAUGGAGGUCCGACGGGAAGAUCAAAGAGCACGGGCUUUUGGGCGGGACUUCCGAACUGCUGGUGGUGGGCCGAUCGUGAGAAAGGAGUUGGUGGCAUUGUCUGCACUCAAAUACUUCCCUUCGCCGAUGCCAAAGUUCUUGGCCUGUGGUUCAAUGUCGAGGGGCAGGUAUAUCAGGCUCUUGAUGCCUAA